AUCCCCUUUGAUCAGUGUCGGGGACGAAGUUCGCGGGGGUUGGUAAAAAGCGUCUAUAGCAAGAUUAAAGGGGUGGUGUAGACAAGUGUUGGAAGGAAGGAAGGAAGGAAAGGAGGAAGGAGGGUCGGUCGCAUACCGUCGCACGAAUGGCGUCUGCGCGACUGACGUCACCAUAUUGAUUUCCCUUUGGUACCGCGAGCGUAGAGUCGGAGCAUCGAUUUGGCACCUCUCGCUACCAGCUAAAGGGAUUGACAGAGAGGAGAGUCCAGUGAGCGAAACAGAGGUGAGAGGUGAGCAAGGUGUCCAGCGAAGCGGCUGGUUGUCCUCAGGAACUGGGAAACAGUGUGGUUGUUCAGCGAUGCAGAAUUAUGGCCACGAGGACUACGACUAUGAGACUGGGACUGGACACGACGGUGUUGCCCGCUCCCUUCCGUCGGUUCCUGGCCAGCCUGGAGGACUCGGAGUCCCCGCGGCCCCGGGGAUCAGACCCAUAGUCGACCCUCAGGCCCAGGGUGAGGUGGACCCGACGGUAUACCCCCAGCCGAAGGAGGCUACUCACAAGAUUCGUGGGAAGAGCGACAUCCUCGAGUACCUGUUCGGCUCCGUAGACCAGGAACUCCUCACCGUGAAAACGUUCUACUUCUUCUUCUACUCUGCGUUCGGUUCCCUGUUCCCGCUGAUGGGUGUAUACUUCAAGCAGAUGGGAAUGAACGCCGGUCAGUGUGGUCUUCUCAUCGGAUCCAGACCCUUCGUUGAGUUUCUCAGCGCUCCGUUUUGGGGCUCACUUGCCGACAGAUGGCAGAAGGGGAAGAUGAUUCUUCUCGCAUCGCUUUCCUGCUGGAUAAUCUUCACCCUUCCUCUGGGCUUCAUUGAACCACCGGCUAUAUCGUGCAUGGUUUUAGAAAACGAUGUGCCGAUGCUUAAGAACCCCGAGCGAGACACGCGGAUCGGGAAGCGUUCGGUCAGUAUGGAGAGCUACUACCGUCCCGACGACGACAUGACGGAUUUAGAGACGGCGGACAACGUGGUUUUCGAAAGGAUUCGCCGAGAUGUUGGGGGCUCCGAAUACGACCAUCGUAGGUCUUCGAAGCGGGUCCGAGCGUCGAGCGAUCAUGGUAACAGGGUGACGCGCGAGACACAUCUCGACCCCGAAGACGGCGUUGCCGAGGAUCUGGAGUACAAGCAAUUCAUGGAAAGUGAGGAGAUCCCGGAUCCAUCCGUCCAAUCCGUCGAUUUGAAGAGCUUGGAACGGAGAAACAGACCAGCUGACGUUCUGGAAUACAAAAGGUUUUUAAAGAACGAGCCUUUGGACGAAAGCAGACCGCCGAAGAAGGCUUACACGAAGUCGAAGACGCACGUCAAACCUCCAAGAGAAAAGGUAAUGGUGAAGAGAAACAUAGUCAGUAGGGGUUCGGACAUCCUGCGGCAUCACAGGUAUAAGAAGUUGGGUAAACGGGAAACGAAUUCGAGACAAAUUGUCGCUUCGAAAAAUGACAUUUACGGUAUGAGCGUUAAGGGUCUGAGGAAAUUGAUGUUCGUCGAAGAUGUAGAAACGGAAACGUCUGGGGCUAGGAGUCGUCGUUCGGUAAAGGGGUAUCACGUCCCACAGUCAAGUGGCCGAAGUCCGUUUCCGGUCACUUACGCCGCAAACUACAACAAAAAAGAGGACGAGGAUUUGGUCAAGCCGAUGUUCAGUUCAAUCGUAUACAAAAUUUCGGAUAUCCAAAAGACGUUCUUCCUUUUGCUCCUCCUCGUCAUCGUCGGUGAGUUUUUCUCGGCACCUGCGAUCACCUUGGCUGACUCUGCGGUCAUCACUCUUCUCGGCGAGGACGCAGACAGGUACGGACACCAGCGUAUGUUCGGAAGUCUGGGAUGGGGCUUGGCCAUGUUCUUCGUCGGAAUCGCCCUUGAUCACAGCACCGCGUUUCCGGAUCAUCCCUGCGAGCCAGACGCCAGAGAAAAAAAUUACACCAUUUGCUUCGCCACGUUUAGCGUUCUUAUGGGUGCAGCAUUGAUCACCGCCACGCAGAUAAACUUCAAGUAUGAUUUUCCCGUUGCGGAACCGGAAGUGUCAAAACCUGCGGCCGAACCAACCCGGGAAGAACAACUUCAGAGUCAAUUGUCCCAGCAGCUGAAUUUACCGGGCCUUCAAGAUUCGUCGGGAAACCCUGACCCCAAGCCCCAACCACCGGAAGGCAAGACGAAAAUGUUCGCGCAAACAACGCGGGAAAUUCCCGAAUGGGUCACAGUCCUGAACCAGUUCAAGGACCUGAAGUGCGCGUCCUUUCUCUUCGUCGCAUGGUUCAUGGGAUUUGGAAUAGGGCUGAUAUUCACUUUCCUCUUCUGGCACCUGCAGGACUACGGAGGAAGUCCGACGCUCUUCGGAGUAGCCUCGGUGAUCAAUCACAUAUCCGAGAUCUUCGCCUACUUCUUCAGCUUCAAGUUAAUCCGACAAAUCGGGCACGUCAAGGUCCUCUGUCUGGGACUAGUCGGCAACAUACUGCGCUUCUUGUACAUUUCGUGGCUGAAGAAUCCUUGGUGGGUUCUCCCUUUCGAAUUCAUGCAGGGAAUCACCCACGCCGCAGUUUGGGCAGCCUGCUGCAGCUACAUCGCUCACAACACGCCACCCCAGCUGAGAUCAAGCGCUCAAGGUGUUCUCCAGGGUCUUCAUCACGGAUUGGGUCGAGGAUGCGGUGCCGUCAUCGGUGGAAUGUUUGUCGCCAGUUACGGCACCACAGCAACCUUCCGAGCCUAUGGCCUGGUCUGCAUAGGAGUCUUGGCCGCGUUUAUAUUCAUAAACUUUUACCGAAAGGACACGGGAUUCGUCUCGGAACUACCACAGACGGAAGACCCUCACCAAGUGGCCGAAGCAACGCAUUUGGCCCCGCACGGAGUUCCCAGCAACGCAAUUCCUCGGGCUUUGAGCUCGAGUCGACUUCACGAGCUGGCCAAUCAGGAACCGGGAUACGGUGCCACUUAUCAGACGUCAGGUGGAAACCUGGAUAUUCCCGGUGGUAACGGAGGGAACACUAAUCCUACGAAUCCAUUCCUGAACGGCGGAGGAGGCGGAGGAGGCGGUGGAGGUGGAGGCGGUGGUUAUAAUUACGGAGUGGCCGGCAAAGGGGAAGAUGAAUUUAUUCGUAGGAGCUUCCAGAUCUACAGUGAAGUGGUCGGGAGGGAAUACGACUUGGCAAAAGUACCGGAGACCUAUCUCCACGCCCAACAGCCCUGCACUAAUCCGUUUCACCAGCACGACUACGAGUGGUAACCCAAUUGAUUAUACCGAUGAGACAGGACGCGUCGCAGAAUUUAACCGUCUUGUUAUUUCUCACUCGAGUCUUAUAUAUGGUAUUAUACAUAUUACAUUAUUGCAAUUUACGUUUAAAGAUAAUCGAUUGGAUCGCUUGUUUGGGAAACAACAAACGAACAACAUAUCUCGCUAUUGAUAUUACGUUUAAGUAGGUACGCACCUUUGCAUGGCGUGAACAAAAAAAAAAAAAUUUGCGUAAUCCGCUGUGAAAAUUAUUAUUUAUGUAUUACGUAUCGUCAACUGGUUAACUGACGAAUUAAAUUUUCUGCCAUUCAUGCAAAAAUAAGCAGGGAUCAAAUUCACGAAUUGGGAAUGGCUUAAGAGGAUAGUAGAUACCGCGAACGGGGUAAUCAAGUUUCGAUGUAAUCGGCUACAUCGAAGGGUUUUUCUAUUUGCGCAUUUUUAAAUACGAUUCAUAAAGUCGCGUCACGAACGUUACCCGAGAUUUAUGUCUAAUGAUAUUCGGUUGUACAUGAAAAAUAUCUCGCCAUGUGAAAAAAAAAUUACUCAACUAGUAAUCGGAACGUUUGUAAUUUGGAGAGCAAAAUUUUUACCAAUAUUUGACAAGAUUACACUUCUAAAGAAGCACCCCAGUUCCUCGGAG